GAGCCAGGCGUGGCGCAGGUGUGGCUUGGUUGCGUGUCCAGUGAGUCACCCUGCUCACCCUCACCCUCAUGGCAACCCUAACCCCUGGUGGGGGCCAUUGCGGGCGGUUCGUUCGUCGUCUCCAGUCGCAGAAACGGCGUGGGAAAGUGGUCAAUUUAUGGGCAUUUGAGCAGCUGGGAAGCGUACGCACAAGCAGCAGCAGCAGUAGGCGCUCGAAACGAGAGCCACCUCGCCGUAAAAUAUCAUACGGUCAACUAUUGGGAACUUUCCGCCCCGAAGUACUCGAAAAGCCCACUCCGCCAUCCCACGAUGCCUACCGUCAGCGUGGACGCAGAGCGCUAUAUCUUCAAGCCGCUCGGCAAGAAGUACGAGGUCCACGACUUUGAGGAAUUGUGCUUCGAGUUUGGAAUAGAAUUGGACGAGGCCGUGACGGAAAGCGAACAGGCUGCGAAGGAGGGUGACAAGACGGAGGGACUCUCUGACAAGUUGCUAUACAAGAUCGACAUUCCCGCCAAUAGAUACGAUCUGCUGUGCGGGGAGGGAAUAUCACGAGCGCUCAAGGCCUACCUCGGGCAGGAAGCACCUCCUGUCUACAAAGUCGUUCCUCCAGCAAAUGGGAAACUGCAGCAACUCCACGUGAAGCCUGAGACCGGAGCGAUCCGCCCUCAUGUGGUUGCUGCCAUCCUGCGCGACGUGACGCUGGAUCAGGGAGCAUACGACAGCUUCAUCGAGUUGCAGGACAAGCUGCACAACAACAUCUGCAGAAAGCGGACGUUAGUCGCCAUCGGUACACAUGACUUGGACACCAUCCAAGGACCCUUCACAUACGAGGCUCUCAAGCCCACGGACAUCACCUUCACUCCCCUGAACCAGAAGAAGUCCAUGAAUGCGGAAGAGCUGAUGAAGUUCUACGAGUCUGAUCGCAAGCUCAGCAAGUUCCUGCAUAUUAUUCGCGACGCCCCGCGAUACCCCGUCAUCUAUGACAGCAAGCGCACCGUGCUCUCACUGCCACCGAUCAUUAACAGCGACCACUCGAAGAUCAAGCUCUCCACAAAGAACAUCUUCAUCGAAUGUACCGCUACGGACAUCACCAAGGCAAAGAUCGUGUUGAACACGGUUGUUGCCAUGUUCUCGCAGUACUGCGCCAAGCCUUUCACGGUGGAACCCGUCGAAGUCACCAACGCCGACGGCAAGAAAGUGGUCUACCCCGACCUCGCCCCCCGCACGAUGGACGCCGACGUGCACUACAUCAACAGCCACAUCGGCGUCAACCUCGAAGCCGACAAGAUCGCCUCCCUGCUGACCAAAAUGUCCCUCGGCGCCAAGGCCUCCGCGGACAAAAAGAGCAUUACCGUCACCAUCCCGCCCACGCGGAGCGAUAUCCUACAUGCGUGCGAUAUCAUGGAGGAUGUGGCGAUUGCGUAUGGGUACAAUAACAUCACGGAGACGACCCCGCAGUUUGGCACAGUCGCUGUGCAGCUGCCGACGAACAAGCUGUCGGAUCAGCUGAGGAGAGAGAUUGCGCUGGCGGGGUACACGGAGGUUCUUACCUUCACAUUGUGCUCACACGAUGAGAACUUCGCAUGGCUCAAGAAGGAGGACAACGGCGAGGCUGUCAAGCUCUCCAACCCUAAGAGUAUCGAAUACCAGGUCGUCCGCACCAGCCUCCUCCCCGGCAUCCUCAAGACCAUCAACGCCAACCAACACUUCCCGCGCCCCAUCCGCCUCUUCGAAGUCUCUGAUGUCGUCUUCAAGGACGACUCCCCGCAGUACGACCGCCGGUCCCGCAACCAGCGCAACGUCGUCGCCCUCUACAGCGGCGCCACGUCGGGCUUUGAAGCGGUGCAUGGAUUGCUGGAUCGGAUGAUGAUGAAGUUGGGUGUGUCGCUGGUGUCGCAGGGGGAUAAGGAGGGUUAUUAUAUCAAGGAGUCUGAGAACCCAACCUUCUUCCCCGGCCGCCGCGCCGACAUCUUCUUCAACAACACCACAAUCGGCUCCUUCGGAAUCGUGCACCCCGAAGUCCUUGCUCGCUUCGACAUUCAUUUCCCGUGUACGGCGCUCGAGUUCAAUCUGGAGCCGAUCGUUUGAACAUAGCUGCGCACACACUUCUGAAUGGGAGGGUUGCAUAGACGGACUCGUAACCUUCACCGAACUCGUCGAUCCAGCACAAACGCAUAUGUACUCCUGCUCACGCCAUCAUGUACCCUUCCAUAUAUACAUGACAU